AUGUGUAAUUCUAUAAUACCUGUGAUUUUUUUGCUUUUUGGUCUUGUUUUAUGCCAUGUUGGUCCACCAAUUAUUAGAGGAAGGCCUAGAGGUGGAUUUUUGGCAUCCGAUCCAGCAGAAGGGCCAGUAACUGAGGACCAAUAUAUGGUUUAUUCGGAAAUUGUGCAAAAAGUGGAUCAUUUCAAUGACUCGAAUACAGCUACUUGGAAACAGGUUGGAACAAUUUAUAAAAAUUAUUUUGAAAUAACGUUUUCAGAGAUAUCAAUACAACUCGAAAUUCUACAACAAUCAAACCGGUUACGUUUUUCUGAUGUUAGGUGGAGAAGGUUCAAUAAAUGUGACAAAUGGGGAUAAAUGGGUGAGACAUGAAAAUGAAACAAUGAUGAAGUGGGUUGCCGAAUUUCAAACCGCCGCUUUUCAAGUCGAACAUCGUUUUUAUGGAAGUAGCCAAUAUUCCCCAAUUGGGUCAGUUUUUUAGUCAUUCGAUUUUUGAAAUAUCUAUAUGAGCUCUAGAGAUCAAACAACUUCGAGUCUUCAAUUAUUAACAAUCGAUCAAGCAUUAGCAGAUAUUAAUGAGUUCAUUAAUCAGAUGAAUGCUUUAUAUUUUCCAAAUGAUCAACCGAUUUGGAUUACUUUUGGAGGAUCUUAUCCGGGAAGUUUGAGCGCUUGGUUUAGGGAAACUUAUCCACAACAGACUGCUGGAGCGGUUUCUUCUUCUUCAGCUGUUCAUGUAUUUGUUGAUUAUUAUGGUAAGGACUCUAGACUCUUUCUGUCAACUAACUUCUUAUUUCCUUUAGGCUACGCCAUAAACACCGAGAAAACCUAUAGAGCAGUCAGUGAUAGUUGCGCUAAUGUAAUCGGAGUCGCUUUCCAAAACCUCAUUCAAACAGCCUAUAAUGGCGCAACUUCUCGUGCUGCCUUGAAAACCCAAUUUAAUCUAUGCGACGAUUUUGACGAAUCCAAUGUUUCAAAAUCGGUUCAAUUCUUCUUCCAAAAUUUAUAUGGGUAUUUCCAGGGAAUCAAUCAAUACACUGGAGAUAAUCGGGUAAUUUUAAUCAUAGAGAAAAGGUUCUUAAUAGGAAUAAUGGAUUUCUUUAGAAUAACGCCACACGGAGUGGUUUGGGAGUUCCUGCAGCAUGUCAAAUUUUGAACAACGCAACUAUCGGAGAUGAAAUUCAACGAGUUAUUGGAGUUGUGAGUUUCAGAAUUUAAAGCUUCUCUUUAUAGAAACAAUAAUUCGUUUUCAGUUAAGCCUAUAUGAUUCCUGGUAUUCACCAAGUGAUUCUGGAUGUCGUCCGAAUAACUACACCGCUUUUAUUCAAACAUAUGCAGACACUUCAAUGCCAAACGAUGACGUUAGUAAGUGACGUUUUACUGUAUUAAAAAAAACUCAAGACUUAUUUAAUAUUUUCAGUCAGCACAAGAAGUUGGAUUUGGCAAACUUGCACAGAACUCGGUUACUAUCAAACUACUGAUGGUGGAAAUUCCGGAAUAUUUGGAUCGACAGUUCCACUUGAGUGAGUUCCUCUAACCUCUCUGAAACUUUAACUCUGUCUAUUUUCAGUUUUUUCGCUGAUCAAUGUAUUGCUCUUUUUGGUCCCGAAUACACACUCGAUAAAACAUUCGAGUUAAUUGACGCAGUUCGCGAAAAAUACGGUGGCGCUAAAAACUAACGUGGAACCAAUGUUUGCUUCCCAAAUGGCUCUUUUGAUCCAUGGCAAGAUUUAGGUCACAAAAUCCCGAAUGACGAAAAUGACGUGGAUUCUUGGUUAAUUAAUGGAACUGCACAUUGUGCUGAUAUGUAUCCAGCUAGAGAUUCUGAUUCGCAAAGUUUAAAAGAUGCUAGACUUCGAAUUCAUGCUCAUUUAAAAACUUGGUUGGAUAACGCCCAGAAACUUCGAACAAAUUCAUCGUUCAGCAGCAUUUUGUCGAAUAUUUCAAUGUUUUUAUUAAUCGCUGUUUGGAAUUUACUUUAA